UAUAUAGUUUCUUCUCUACCUUUUUAUAAAUUUUCUCCUUGUCUGCUAUCUCUUACAUUAAAUCUAAACUUAAAUCAUUAGAAUCCCUAAUUACGUUUUAAAAAUCCCAAGUCCCUUUUAAAAUAUAUUUUGUUUUUUUUUUUUUCUCAGUUUGAUAUUGGCAUGGCUGGUCUCGAUCUAGGCACAACUUCUCGCUACGUUCACAACGUCGAAGGCGGCGGUGUUGGCCAGUUCUCCACCGACAACCACCACGAAGAUGACGGUGGAGCCGGAGCAAACCAUCACCAUCAUAACCAUAACCAUAACCAUCAUCAAAGUUUGGAUUUGAUAGCUUCUAAUGAUCACAACUCUGGACUAGGCGGUGGCAGCAGCGGAGGAGGAGGAGGAGGAAGCGGUGACCUCGUUAUGAGGCGGCCACGUGGCCGUCCAGCUGGAUCAAAGAACAAACCUAAACCACCAAUGAUCGUCACGCGCGAGAGCGCAAACACUCUUAGGGCUCACAUUCUUGAAGUCGGAAGUGGCUACGACGUUUUCGAGUGUAUCUCCACCUACGCGCGGCGGAGACAGCGAGGGAUUUGCGUUCUCUCCGGUACCGGAACCGUCACUAACGUCAGCAUCCGUCAGCCGACGGCGGCCGGAGCUGUUGUGACUUUGCGAGGCACUUUCGAGAUUCUUUCCCUCACUGGAUCAUUUCUUCCGCCGCCUGCUCCUCCAGGAGCCACGAACUUGACGAUAUUUCUGGCCGGAGCUCAGGGACAGGUCGUCGGAGGUAACGUUGUUGGGGAGUUGAUGGCGGCGGGGCCGGUGAUGGUCAUGGCGGCGUCUUUUACGAAUGUGGCUUAUGAGAGGUUGCCUUUGGACGAGCAUGAGGAGCAGUUACAGGUUCCAAGCGGCGGAGGAAAUAUGUACUCGGAAGCUAACGGCGGCGGAGGAGGAGGCGGAGGCUUUCCGUUCUUCAAUUUGCCAAUGAGUUUGCCUCAUAUGGGAGGUGAGAACUGGCCGGGGAAUUCGGCCGGCGCCGGUAGGGCUCCGUUUUAAGAAACUUUAAUUUGUGUUUUUUUCUCUCUCUCUUUUCUUUGUCACGGAAUUUAUGGAAUUAUGAUUUUCUUAAAACAAUUGUUUCAUGUAUCUUCAUUACAUGGUUUUUAGUUUUUGCUUAGGUUAAUGAUUUAUCAUUUAAAUUAUAUCCGAGGUAUUGAGUCGUUAUACAUAUAUGGUGUUCUUUAAAUUUUCGGUUAUUGUUUUU